UAAAAUAUUUACAUUUGUGACGUUCCAAUUGUUACUUUGUUUCGUCACGGAUUGUGAGGCACAAUCGAAUUUAUCGGCUGGGCAAAUUAUUGGAAUAGCAGUCGGAACAGUAAUGGCGGUUCUGCUCUUGGUGGCGAUUGCUUACUUGGUUUUCAGGCAUUGGAAAAAGAUCGAAGGGAAACAGAAUGGGAGAGUAGUUCAUGAAGGGUACGAGAAUGUCGUCGCAACUUCAUCUGUAGAGAAAAGUGAACUAGAAGCGGAAGCUAUAACUGAAAAAGUAGUGGCGACUGUUGCAGUAGAAAGCUCGCAUCAUCCUCCGGAUAUAACUACCUCAACUGUUUCCGGGUCUGGAGAUGUUCCCCCAUUACCACCACCAGUUGAACCUUUGACACCAACAGCGGCAAAGAUUGAGAAAACAACUAUUGGAACUCAAACCAAAAUUAAAGAAUUAACUGAUAAACAGACUGCUACCAAAGCCGAGCCAGAGAAGUCUUCGGUUUCCAUACAAACCAUCCCGGAACAGCAGGAAAAUAGCGGAACUUCAGCGGGAAAACAUGACGAAGGGACAGAAACGGAAGAAUUAGACGGAAUAGGCGACCUUGGGAAUAUUGGGAAUAUCCGGCCGAAGUUAGAUCGCCGUAAAUCCCGUGAAGAUAUAACAUUUUUAUCGGGCUGGCGAAGGACGGUGAAAUUGACCGAGUUGAUAAGAGCGAAAUUAAUCGUGGAAGCUAGAGUACGGGAAUUGGAAAAUGAAGAGAUCACAGUAGAGGAAGUCGAGCGUGAACUUGCUCCGUUUUUGAUUGGUCAAUAUCCGAUCGCUGGAAUCAUCAUUGGCGAAACUGAAGACAAAAUGUCGCUUUAUCAGGCCCAUGUAAAAGGGAUUAUUACCAGAGGUACAGCAGUGAGUCUUCUUGAAGCCCAGGCCGCAGUUGGGAGCAUAAUUGACCCCCAUGAUGGCCAGAAGAUGUCAGUAGAGGAAGCGAAGCUACGGGGACUUAUUGACAACAAAAUGGCGUCUGUGAUUAUUCGUGCGGAACGAGCCGUGACGGGGUACAGGGCUCGAGCUACAAAUGAAACGUUAUCGCUAUUUCAAGCCAUGAAAAGGAAUCUCGUCGUAGAAAGCCACGGGAUUCGUCUUCUAGAAGCACAGAUCGCCACUGGAGGCAUCAUUGAUCCACAAGCGAACUGCAGACUUCCGGUUGAGGUUGCUUUCGAGAGAGGUUUAUUCGACGAACGGCUUCACCGCAUCCUAGAAGACCCAUCUGACGACACAAAAGGAUUUCUGGACCCGAACACAAGCGAUAACUUGACAUACCUUGAACUGAUACAGAGAUGUGUUGUGGACGAGGAAACGGGGCUUUUGCUUCUUCCUCUUGUACCUGAGUCGGAAAGGAGGGAAUAUAGCGAAAGACAUGCUUCAACUUCGACAUCAAGCCGAUCUCGCACUUUCUCAAACCAAACGUUUUCUUCUGGAGGAGGAUCGCUAGGUGGCGUAGAAGAUCUUCAUGACACCCCCACCGCUAGUCAUUAAUGUUCUAUGGUUUGUUCCGACAAUAAAUGACAAAGAAGGAUAAUUAGGAACACUGCAAGUAUGCGCGUAGGAGGCGAAGUCGAACCGUAAAAUAUUCCAGCGUAAGGGUUCUAAUACUAAUACAGUGUACGGAGGAUUCCACGCGGAAUAUUUUGAAUCUAAAAAUAUAAAAAUGACAAAUAACUAAUCAACAAAUCCCAUACCCGACAUGGACUGGUAACCGGACGAGAGGGCGUGGUUCGCCAUAUAUUUAAGUUCUAAUCCUUUAUAUCCUCGAACUGACAAGAGGCUGUGCUGGUAUUUGUCAUAUGAUUGACUUCCCUAACUCCCGGGAUAAAUACCGUAUAUUACUCCUAUCAUAUAAAACAAAGA